UUUCGAAACGAAGGAAGUCCACCAUUUUCUUUUUACCACACCGGUGUUCCAGCACGUGUGGUUAUUAGCAAUUUAGAACAAAUACCAUUUUAUUUUAAAGACAAGUGAAUAGUAACAUUGUUUUCAAAUUAUUACGCGUUUGACAUCACAAAAUAUCUUCUCGAUAUGAAUAUCGAAAAAUUGAAGAAACUGCAGAGCCAGUCUUCCGCAGUACGAAUUGGAGGCAAGGGAACACCAAGGCGCAAGAAGAAGGUAGUGCAUUCGACUCAAGCGACUGACGACAAGAAAUUACAGUCUUCUUUAAAAAAACUGUCUGUAAAUACAAUUCCUGGAAUCGAGGAGGUGAAUAUGAUAAAAGACGACGGAUCUGUAAUCCACUUCAAUAACCCAAAAACACAAGCUUCCUUAGCUGCAAACACUUUUGCUAUUACCGGACACGGGGAAAACAAACAAAUCACGGAUAUGCUGCCAGGUAUUUUGAGCCAGUUGGGUCCUGAAGGAAUUACUCAGUUGAAACGCUUGGCAAACUCUGUAGCCAAUGCAGGGGGUAUCAAUAAAAUUGUCCCCGAAGACGAGGAAGACGUUCCAGACUUGGUAGAGAACUUUGAUGAAGCCUCUAAGGCCGAAGUUGCCAAAAAGGAUGAAGCCAAAACUGAAGAAAAGUUGAAAGAAACUUUGGAUUAAACUGAAAGGUUUCUUUUGCCAUGUGGUUUAAAAUUUCUUAGAUUUUGGACCUAAUCUUAUUAGAUCAUGAAAUAUUUAUACUGUUUUAAGGAUUUACCAUAAAAAAUUUUCGUUAAAAGAUAGAAUAAACAUGUUAUUCAUAUUUCUUAGGAAAUAUAUGGAUGUGUUUCAUA